AAUAUGUCAGCACCAUUCGGCCGUAUAGCAUGUUGCCAAGAUUGCGCCAGAAAUGGAGCAAAGGAGCGAGCCUCGCACAAGCGACAGCAAGCAGGAGUCCAGCUUCGCAUUCUUCUUUGACACCGAACCAAGGACUAUUCAAGAGCAAUCGGUCGAAGAAGAAGAUGAGGAGGUACCAAAUGCAGAGUCUGCCCUCAGGGUGCAGUCAUCUAGCGAAGAUGGCCACGAAGCAGGACCUGUGGCCUACCAGCUGCCGCGGAAAAUCCACAUCUACUUCUCAGACACUGGCGGUGGACAUCGAGCAUCGGCGCUUGCGCUGGAGGCUGCUCUUGAGAAGCAAUAUGGCAGCCAGGUGUCGGUUGAGUUAAUCGACUUCUUCCGUGCGGCCAUGCCAUGGCCACUGUCCCAAGCGCCUGAGACAUACCAGACCUUGGGCAAUUUUCCAUCCGUCUACAAGCGUGCAUGGGACUACGAUCAAGAUAGCGAAAAGUGGCAAGACACAACGAGCUACCAAUGGAUGUGGAGCUACAGCAAGGAACACAUCGUGAAGUACCUCCAGCCGCUUGAUUUGGAUCUGGCCAUUUCGGUUCAUCCUCUGAUUCACCAUUUGGUGAUAGAAGCCUUGGAGGAGAUUUCUCGAGGUCCAAAGCAAGAGCUGACACGUUCUCGCAUUGAAAUACGUGCAGACCAUAUUAAAACCAAAUGA